CAAAGCCCGUUCACGUUGCGGGCGAUGUCGAUAGAGUGUCGCCCACUGCGGCGGCGACGAAGGCCAAAGCCUUUGAGGGCAAGCCCCUUCGGAACGUUAUCUCCCGUCAAGUGCCCAUGAAGCCCCCCGCCGUCGACCUCCACUGGCAGCUACUCCCCUACGACGCCCGGCGGUCAAAGCAGCAUAUGCACUUCGACAUCGCGUUCCCCAUCGACCUCAUCCGUUUCAACUCCACAUACCCUCCUCGCUACCUGAAUGCGAAAGACCUCGAUAAGCCUGCGGCCGAUGUCACGAUCACCAAAAUGGUGAUCCAGUGCCCCUUUAAAACUGACUGGGAGGUGUAUGUCAGCCGGACAGACGGCAUCCGCUGCCGUGAUGUGUUCGAUGCCAUAUACGCAUCGUUCAAUACGGUGCUGACGCCCUUGGAGCGGCAGUCGAUUCCUCUAAAGGACAGGAAGAGCUAUGAAGAGGCUUGCAAGCUGCGAUGUAAGGCGACCCAUGGCCUCACCGCGGUCGAAGAGGCGCAAGGCCUCAAGCGCGUAGAUGUGCUCUUGCACAAUACUGUCUUCCAGGGCUUGACACAGCCGAAGUCAGGGGGAGAUUGGGUACUCAAUUUAGGCAGGUCCGCUUAGGGUUCCAUUCGAUUUACGAUUAAUUCACGACCUUGUAUACAUUACUGUACACCUCGGACUGUGUCCUUUCAUUCUUACAUGUUUACCACCACACUCAUUCAGCCUGCUCUGCAAUUUUAGCUCUGUCCGUCAUCACAAACACUCCUCCGCAGCUUUCUUUUUGCUUUUUUUUCCGGUAUCUUGAUACCCCCUUUAUGAUAUAUUUUACUUCUUUGGAACUCAUCGGGCAACCCUACAACUUGGUGUCUCGCAUCUCGCAUCUCGAGUAGUUGACGAGUAAUGCUGUCCACCAUGGUAUAGUGCUGCCGAUGAGGUAUCAUCCAAGCGUCUCUCAUAUCCAGGUUACGAUUGCAGCCCUUCUUUUUUUUCUAACCACAUACGGGUAAAGCUAGGACUGGCAGGCUUAAGGAAACCUAUUGGAAAUUGUACGUCCAUGUCGUCUGAACACUGGUCCCCGCGGGGUCACGGGUGACAGUUGUUUAGGUCCGAAACUCCGUAGUAAGUUGUGCAAUUACACCCGAAGAUUGAAAAAAGUGACAUGGAACGCCAAAAAGAAUGACGGAGAACACUACGGAAAGUGUGUAAGACGCGAUAUGGCUUUGAUGAUUGUGGGAGAGGGAGUGCGAGAAAGAAGACCCGCAAGACAAGAUUCCUUUCGAUUUGUUCGAGGUUACUGUGACAGAUCCAGAGGAAGGUAAUCCGAUCGUUUUGUAUAUCAAGAU